GAGGCCCCCCAAGAUGGCGAUGCUGGCGGAGCCCCGGAGAAAGCAGAAGUGGUCCGUGGAUCCACGAAACACCGCUUGGAGCAAUGAUGACUCCAAAUUUGGCCAGAAGAUGCUGGAGAAGAUGGGCUGGUCCAAAGGAAAGGGUCUCGGGGCUCAGGAGCAAGGAAAUCCUGAACACAUCAGGGUUAAGGUGAAAAACGACGUGCUGGGAUUAGGAGCCACCAUCAAUCACGAGGACAACUGGAUUGCUCAUCAGGAUGACUUCAACCAGCUUCUGGCUGAGCUGAAUAACUGCCAUGGACAGGGUGAAACAGAAUCCUCAGUGAAAAAGAAGAAAAAGACAUUCAGCCUCGAAGAAAAAUCCAAAUCUUCCAAGAACCGUGUCCAUUAUAUGAAGUUUGCCAAAGGUAAGGAUCUCUCAUCACGCACUGAACAGGACCUGUCUUGCAUUUUUGGGAGAAGACAGAAGAGUGCCAAGAGCCAGGAGGAUAUUGCUGAUCCUGACUCCCAGGAAGAGAAGAACAACUGGCUCUCCAGCCCUGGAGAUGGUUCCAAUACAGUGAAGAGUGUUCUCACUGUCCAGGAAUAUUUCGCCCAGCGCAUGGCAAAGCUGAAGGGAUCCCAGAAGGAAACAGAAACAAAGGUGGAACAUUCCAGCCCAGCAGCUGACAAAGCUGUGGAGCCUUCAGAAGAGCUGGAAACCAAAGUCAAAAAGAAAAAGAAGAAGCAGAAGAGAGAUGAUGAGGCAGAGUGGACAGAGGACUGUGAGAAACCAGGGAAAAAGCCCAAGACAGGGAGCUCGAAUGGAAAAGAACUGGAUAAUCCACUAAAUGAAUGUCACAAAAGGAAAAAAAAGAGGAAACAUAAAGAAGAAAAUGAAGGAGAAAACAUCAGUUGUGAUGAAAAUACAGGCAGUGGAGAAAUGUCUGUGGGAAUAUCUGAGGGGGAGGAACUCAGCACAGAGGAGCAGGAGGAGAAGCAGAAGAAACGCCACAAGAAGCACAAAAAGCAAAAAGAGGAGACAGGGGAGUGUGGGGAAGGAGCAACCAGAAAGAAAAAGAAGCACUGCAAGAACAUUUAACCCUUUCAGGCUCAGGGGUUGAGUCUGUGUUAGAGAGGCUCUGUGUAAACACAGCAUCAUUCCAGGCUUGGACACUGCUCCAGCUCCAGCUGGGACAGGCUGGAUCUAAACUCAGGCUGGAUCUAAACUCAGACUGGAUCUAAAAUCAGGGUGGAUCUAAACCCAGCUCUGCCAAGGGAAAACAUGGCAAACAGGAGCUUCAGUGCCAUGUUCAAAAGGGAUCCACAUGGAGGAUUAACACAUCAAGACUGUGAAAGGCAGGGAAUGACUUUCUUCUGCUUCACACUGACUGUGUUUUUCUCAAUCCAGGAAAAAAAAAUAAAAUUACCCUAGUACUGCCUUUUUAUUAAAAUUGUUUUCACUUGUGAGAGCCCAGCUCUGCUUCUGGAAGCAGGAGGGAGUUUGCAAAGCUGUCUCUGUUUUCUCAUUGAUUUUUGCAACGUGGUGUCCAAUUUUUACAUUCAUCUCUUUUUACAUAUAAAAUGGAUGUUAUUUCUUCCCAAAAUGCUUACUCUGAUUAAAAUUUUGCUCCUGAGUGUCAGCACUAAAGGAUGAAAUAAAAAGACCUCUCUGUGCCUCCAAACCAUUCUCAAACAGUUGUAACUUCGCACCAAAGCUAAAGGAAAUGUGUAUGAACCUUAUCAUUUAUUAACCAUACCUAAAUCUUUGAUUUCCAGGAAAUACUCAGGAGCUCUUCACAGGUACCUCUGGAAUCCAGAAAGCUGCCUUGGAUAGAGUCAGGUUUGUUCCCGAAACUGGGAAACCAAUAGAUCUUGAAAGCACAGUCGGAUUGCUAUGGCCAUUCACACAUUGAAAACUUGCAGUUUGGAUUUAUAACCAAACCAGAGCUUGUUUCUCAUUGUAAGCCUGGAAAUAAGGAAUGCUGGAACUGGGCACUGCCACAAGCAGUUUUGUGGGAGAUCUGAAACACUCAGCGUGAUUGUUGGCAUUUUAAUGUCACUAAGAGCUGUCAGAAGAGAUAGGUGAGCUUGGAAGUGGUGGAAUGGGAAGAAGGAUUCACCAUCCUGGUGUCCUGUUCUGAUACUUCUUUGGCCACAGCAAACUUGACAGCACAACCCUGAACACCAAGCCAGUCAUCCUGGCAGAAUCCAGCAUCCUAAUCCAUGAGCUGCUCAUUUCAUCCAGGCCUGGCUGGGUUUCAUCAGUGUAAAUCUAAAACAUCCCAUUGGCUGCUCUGCUGAAGAAAAUGGGUACAUUUUUAUAUUGUCUCAGCUCAGCAGAGUUGCUUAACAUGGUCUGAGGAACAUUGUCAAGAUGCAGAUGUUAAUAGGGAAAAGAAUUUCCUUAAGCUGACUUUAUUGUGCAGUGGAGGAAGCACCCAGACCACAUGGAUAGUUUGGUUGCAGCUCAACUCCUCCUUUUUUAAGAUCUCUUGGUUUCCAAAGCACCUUUUUUUUUUUCCCUGCCCUCAGGACAUGCUCAUUCACUGCAGCAAAAUGAAGUUUCACUUCUUGUAUGGGAGAACAAGAUGCCUUUCCCUGGAUUUCACAUGCCAGGGGCUCUAACCCUUGUUGCAUCUCCUUUUCAGGCUGUACAAUUAUUAUUCACCAUAAUCUGCUUGUCCCUGGCUUCCUUAAAUGAAAUACCACCAAAUACCAUCGGUUCUUGUCAAACUGGGAGGAAACUCCAUGCUUGAGGUGAAAAAAUCAUCUUCUCAGUGGAAGAAGACAGCAAAAUAAUGUUUUAUGUUAAACUGAUGCAUCCCUCCCGAUUUUUUUGCUCGCCACAAGUCGGAUUUUUUAUUAUUAAUUUUGUUAUUAGAAUCCAAAAGCCUGAUUGUUUCCAGUUAUUAUUUUUUAACUCUUAACCCAACUAAACUUUACAGCCUCUCUGGGAUUUCAGUUUAAAAAGGUGCUAGUGAAGGAAUAAGGUUUCCUUCUCCAAAUACUGCUGGGCUUGUUUGUUUGUUCCCUCUGUGAAUUUUCAUGUUUCUGUGUGCUGAUUCUUGUGGGUGCUUGGCCACAUUCCAGUGUCAGUUACAGGAAGAAUAAAACCAGCAAUAAACCUUUAAAUUUGUGCUGUUGCUCCUGUUAAAUUCAGGAUACCCAAGACUGGCUCAGGUGAAAGUAUCAGCUACGAAUGGAAGAGUCUCUAUUUCUGAAAUAAAUACAUGGCACUUUAUCCCGGGAAAUGUGGAAUUUUAAUGUGCCCCAAGCUCUGCAUGUGGU